GAAAAAGAAACGGGACGUGAGGGCGGUAGCAACGGCAGUUGUGGCUUGGUUGUUUUUGACGCUUCACAAUGGCUACACACUCUACUGAGGACAGUUCUGCUUCAGUGAUGGACAUUCAGGAGCCACUGGUGGUGGAGGAAAUGAUGUCUGAACCCCAUGAAGAAGAGGGAGCAGCAAGCUGUGCAACAUUCUCAUCCCCAUCUCAGCCUCACAGGAAAAUUUUUAAACCUGAAGAGAUGCGACAGGCUCUCAUGCCAACUUGGGAGGCACUGUACAGCCAGGAUCCUGAAUCGCUACCUUUCAGACAGCCAGUUGAUCCUGUGCUUCUGGACUUACCAGACUACUUUGACAUUAAGAUCCCAGUAGACCUAUCUAUAAUAAAGCGCAAGCUGGAUGCAGGUCAAUAUCAGGAACCAUGGCAGUAUGUUGAUGAUGUUUGGCUCAUGUUCAACAAUGCCUGGCUAUCCAACUGCAAGACUUCAGAUGCCUACAAGUGCUCCAAACUCGCGAAGGUGUUUGAAUUAAAGAUCAACCCUGUCAUGCAGGCUCUGGGCUAUUGCUGUGGGAGAAAGUACGGGUUCUCUCCUCAAACACUAUGUUGCUAUGGCAAACAACUAUGCAUAAUCCCUCCUGGAGGCACGUACUACAGUUUCCAGAACAGAUACUAUUUCUGUGACAAGUGCUUCAUUGAGAUCCAGGGUGAGAGUGUGACAUUUGAAGAUGACCUUGAACAGCCACAGAUAAUAUUGAAAGACCAGCUUGAAAGGAAGAAGAAUGAUUUAUUGGACCCUGAACUGUUUGUUGACUGUAAGGAUUGUGGGCGGAAGAUGCACCAGAUAUGCGUCUUGCACUGUGAAGCCAUUUGGGAAUCUGGAUUCAUCUGUGACAACUGUUUGAAGAAGAGUGGAAAAACACGAGAGGAAAACAAGUUUUCUGCGAAACGGCUACAGUCGACAAAAUUGGGAAAGUACAUAGAAGAUCAUGUGAAUAAAUACUUGAGUCAGAACCACCCAGAGGCAGGACAGGUGUUUGUUCGAGUGGUGGCUAGCUCUGACAAAACAGUGGAGGUUAAACCAGCCAUGAAAGCCAGGUUUGUGGACACAAGUAAAAUGCCUGGAGCCUUUCCUUACAGAACCAAAACCCUUUUUGCCUUUGAGGAGAUUGAUGGUGCAGAUGUGUGCUUCUUUGGGAUGCAUGUGCAGGAGUACGGCUCAAAAUGCCCAGUUCCCAACACAAGGCGGGUGUACAUAUCAUACCUGGACAGUGUUGAUGUCUUUAGACCUCAGAUUCUGACGACAACAGUGUGCAGUGAAAUCCUCAUUGGCUAUCUGGAUUAUGUCAAGAAGCUUGGGUAUGUCCAGGCCCACAUCUGGGCAUGUCCACCUAGUGAAGGGGAUGACUACAUAUUCCACUGCCAUCCUCCUGACCAGAAGAUCUUAACACCUGAGAUGCUGCAGGAGUGGUACAGGAAGACGUUGGAUAGUGCUGUUGCAGAGAAGAUUGUGCAUGACUACAAGGACAUCUUCAAACAGGCAACAGAGGACCAUCUGACCAGCGCCAGUGAGCUGCCUUACUUUGAGGGAGAUUUCUGGCCCAACAUGCUGGAGCAGAGCAUUAAGGAGCUGGAGGAGGAGGAGAGGCAGACAGAUGAAAACGCAGCCACCUGUGAAACUCCUGAGGGUACACAAUGUGACAGCACAAAUGCUGAGAAGAAGUACAAAAAGGGGACACAUAAUAAGAGCAGCAUCAGUGAAGCCAAUAAACCUGGGAUGCCAACUGUAGCCAAUGAUCUGUCCCAUAAGCUCUAUACCACCAUGGAAAGACACAAAGAGGUCUUCUUUGUGAUUCACCUCCACUCCAGCCCGAUAGCCAACAGCCUGCCACCCAUUGUUGACCCUGACCCCUUGUUCUCCUGUGAUCUAAUGGACGGCCGUGAUGCCUUCCUGACGUUGGCCAGGGACAAACAUUGGGAGUUCAGCUCUUUGAGGAGGUGUAAGUGGAGCACACUGUGCAUGUUGGUUGAGCUCCACAACCAGUGCCAGGACCGCUUUGUCUACACGUGUAAUGAGUGUAAGCACCAUGUGGAGACACGCUGGCACUGCACAGUCUGUGAGGAUUUUUAUCUGUGUAUUAACUGCUACAACACCAAGGGCCAUGAGCAUCAGAUGGUGAAGCGGGGCCUUGAUCUGGAUGAUGACAGCAACAGUCAGAGUGGAGAGGCCUCAAAACGCCCACAAGAAAGCCAGCGCUUUAGUAUCCAACGCUGCAUUCAGUCUCUGGUCCACGCUUGUCACUGUCAUGAUGCCAUCUGUUCUCUGCCAUCCUGCAAAAAGAUGAAGAGAGUGGUGAAGCACAACAAAAGUUGCAAGUGCAGUGCCAAUGGUGGAUGCCCUGUGUGCAAACAACUUAUUGCUUUAUGCUAUCACCAUGCAAAGCGAUGCCAGGACAAAACAUGCCUUGUCCCACUUUGUCAAAACAUCAAGCGCAAGCUUCACCAACAGAAAAUACGGCAGUGGUUCCAGCAGUUUCUGUUGAUGAAGCAAAUGACCACAGCACAAAGUGGAACCAUGCGCCUACCAGCCCCUCCAUCCUUAUCUGGCCCCACAAACACCCCACAGACACCUCGGCAGCCACUUUUCAGCCAACCACAGUUUCGCAGCUCUGCAGGGGUUGCAUCUCCUUCCCUUUCCACUGCACCACACAGUGACCAGCCUGGCACAGCCCCAGGAGUUUGGCCUGGACCUACACGUCCCCUGCAGGCAGCAGAGCAACAACAGUCAAGGCUUCCCCAAAGCCGGCCCCGAAGGGAACCUUUCUUGCCGCAGGUGCACCUUCCUCCGCAGCUUCAUACUUUGCUUCAGACGCCUGAUGCAGUUCCACAUGGCACCAUGGAGGAGCUUCUCCGUGCCGUGAGGUCUCCCACCUCUCCUCAACAGCAAGCUCAAGUCUUGAGUAUCUUGAGGUCAAACCCCUAUCUAACAGCUGCUUUCAUCUAUCGGCGAAUGACUAAGUAGGUAAACUAGCAACAGCAGCCUGGUAUGCCAGUAAUACAGGCCAUGGUGAUACCAGUAGCAGUACAGAGGCCUGAAAUGCUCCUCCUGCAGCCUCCCAUUUGAGUUUGGCUGCUAUAUUGGCUCAUGGACAAAUAAAUCCAACACACAGCCCCAACACCCAGAUCCAGCUUCUUUUCCUUCAGCAGCUUCUAAGACAGCAGCAACAGGUGGUGAUGUCUCACAAACACUUCAGCUCCCUGUUCAGUGUACAGUCGCAACUUAUUCCCAGCACCACAUGCAGCAGCAACAGAUAGCCACGCAAGAGGUGGUGGGGAACCAACGGGACGACAUCCACCAUGGUACAGAUAGAACAGCCCAACAUGGGCAAGGACUUCAUCCAGAAAUACAGCUACAGUUUUCUACACCUGUGAGACAAAGUUUUUAUUUUCCAAGCUACUAACAUGAUUCAGGCUGCACAAUAUAUUUCAGCAUUGUUUUUGAUGUGCACAUGCGCAAUAGCUAGACUUGUGAAGCGCUGUGUUAAAUUAGGCAAAUUGAACUUGUUAGCCAACCUCUUGAGUUGCUUGAUUUAUUAAAGAAACAAAAUUUUGAUCUUCUAUGACUAAUCUGAGUGUUCUAUCUGAUGCACUGUAAUUUACUCCAGUUAGGGUUCUUGCAAGUUUAGUUUGAAUUUGUUUUUUCCCCUGCUAGUAAUCUAAUGCAGAUGCUGCAUCUCAAGCUAACUGCAGUUUGUCACAAUCUUUCUGUGCCUGUCACUGUUGAAUUGUAGGGAAAGAGGUUCCAGGAAAUAUGAGCCUGGGCACCACAAUUGCACAAAUCCAACCUGUGUCUAUAAUAUUUACAUUUACAUUGUCACUUCGCAAAAUACUCCAAGUUGAUUUAAAUUUGAGCUAAUCUGACAACAUUUGUAAUAUUCAAAAGUUUUGUUGUGAAAAGUGGGAACCCAAGGACCGUAUACAACCCCUGGCAAAAAUAAUGGAAUCACCGGCCUCGGAGGAUGUUCAUUCAGUUGUUUAAUUUUGUAGAAAAAAAGCAGAUCACAGACAUGACA